AUGGGCUCGGUGUCCAACCAGCAGUUUGCAGGUGGUUGCGCCAAGGCAGCGGAGAAGGCGCCGGAGGAGGCGCCGGCUGACGCGGCUCGGGCGGCAGACGAGCCGCAGCUGCUGCACGGGGCCGGCAUCUGUAAGUGGUUCAACGUGCGCAUGGGGUUCGGCUUCCUGUCCAUGACCGCCCGCGCCGGGGUCGCGCUCGACCCCCCGGUGGACGUCUUUGUGCACCAGAGUAAGCUGCACAUGGAGGGUUUCCGAAGCCUCAAGGAGGGGGAGGCCGUAGAGUUCACCUUUAAGAAGUCUGCCAAGGGUCUGGAAUCCAUCCGUGUCACUGGCCCUGGUGGAGUGUUCUGUAUUGGGAGUGAGCGGCGGCCAAAGGGAAAGAACACACAGAAACGAAGAUCCAAAGGAGACAGGUGCUAUAACUGUGGUGGUCUGGACCAUCAUGCCAAGGAAUGCAAGCUGCCGCCCCAGCCCAAGAAGUGCCACUUCUGCCAAAGCAUCAACCAUAUGGUGGCCUCAUGUCCACUGAAGGCCCAGCAGGCCCCCACGUCUCAGGGAAAGCCUGCCUACUUCCGGGAGGAAGAGGAAGAGAUCCACAGCCCUGCCCUGCUCCCAGAAGCCCAGAAUUGAGGCACAGGAGCUGGGGGGCUAUUCUUUUGCUAUCGGGGAGUUUCAAGGAGGCAUCAAUCGGGCAGAGUGGAGAAAGUGGGGAUAGGGUGGGUUGCGGGUAGCUGGCACUGCCAUGUAUCUCAGGCCGGGGUUCCCAGUAUCACCCUGUCUUCCCUUGGUGGGGGGGAAGGGGGAGGCAAUGGAAACUCCAACCAUGCUUUAUCUAAAGGCAAGUGAAGGUUUUCGUGGGGAACCACCCUAGAACCUGCAUGCUUUUAGCUGAGGCUUUAACCCAAAACGACAUGCUUUUGAAAGUGGCUGGGAUAGGAAGGUUCUUCUGUAGAAGGCUGUGUGAUAUUUCCCUUGCCAGACAGGGUGUGAAGCAAGUGUAAUACCACAUUAAUGAACCUAACCCUCCAGCUACUACUACACUCUGUGGGAGGGACUCUCUCGGGAGCCAGGCAAGGUUUUUUUUCACAUCCUACUUACUCAACCCCUUCCUGGGGUGCGGUGCUGGGAAUGGGUAUCUAGCAGUGGGUUGUGAUGGCAGCAAAGAGGGUGUCUGGGGGUUAGGGAUAACCUGUUGUUCUACCUCACUCCCAGCUCUUUCACAGGCCAAUGUGAUUUUUAAUUUAUUUACUCCCUUGGGUAACUGCACCUUGGGUCCCACUUUCUCCAGGAUGCCAACUGCACUAUCUGUGUGCGAAUGACGUAUCUUGUGCGUUUUAAUUUUUUUUCUUAAUAUAAAUAAUCGGUUUGUAUUUUUGUAUAUUUUAAUCUAAGGCCCUCAUUCCUGCACUGUGUUCUCAGGUACACGAGCAAUCUCAGGGAUAAGUCCGCCGGCAGCUCCAGGUCUGCACAGCAGGAAUACUUUUUGUUUCGAUCACCAUGGAGACCAACCAUUUGGAAUGCACAGCCUAUUGAACUACCUCAUUUUUGCCAUUUACAGAUGGCUUUUCUGCCAUAUAGUCCUUAAAACCUCUGUCCAUCUUAAGAUGUUUUGCAGGAGGCUAGGUUUUAAUUAAGCUGCACAUGACUCGGUCUCAGAUUUUGGCAAAAGAUAGGAAAUUAGUCUAAACAGGAAAAGCUGGUACAGAGAUCUCAAAAGGCUGGGCCAGGUGAAAGGCACAAGAGUAAUUUCCAUCCAAAAUCCACCCUUCACCAGAUUAGUCUGCCCGGCCAUACACAGCAGGGUGCGAGUAUGUAUGUUUGAGUGUUGGUUUUUUUAUGCAAAUUUAUAAG